UAUUCAGGUGGCAUGGUAUUAUGUUAAUAGGGUCGUUUCUAGGUUCUGCAUCUACGGGUGAAUAAUUAAACAAUAAGACUGCAUUAAAUGAAUAACAAAUUAAGUUUAUUUGAUCCUAGUGUAACUCUUAACAACAGAGACAAAUUAUUCUUUGCUGAUGUGCAUUGUAUUUUAAGUCUUGCAAUGGAAAUUUUUCUUUUUUUCUCUCUUUCUUGAAGCGCUCCCUUCUACCCCGUGCUGCGCUAUAGAGAGAAAAACUGCUUGUUCCGUUGAGUUCAGCCUUACUGUCUAACUUCCUUCCUGCUUUUUGUACAUUAGACAAACAUGCUACGCUAAGGCUAAGUACUGAAGAACGCAACGCGUGAAGAUAGUAAGAAUACACACGAGUAGAUGGAGAACCAAAAACUUCAGUUCUACGAGGACUAACUACGCCUGCUUUGCGGAAACUGAGAGAUGGGAUCGCGCUUUCAUACUCUAAUGAACAGACUCUGGAUCUGAAGCUGAGACGUGUUUUCAAAUAUCUUAGCAUUCCUGUCGAGUGUGUGGCUCCGACCAGGACCGAUUGUGAUGGUAAGAAGCCACUGCAUUUUUCUAACAAGGCACUCCCCGCAGCUAAUUUGAUCGCGACGAUGAAGGCGCUAAAUUAGGUCGUGCCGGACAAGCUGAUUUUCUGACGUCCACUCGAGUCACCUGAAAGGUCUUAGGGAUUUUCCGUUAAGCGUCCUUCUUGCAACCCACACCCCUGCCCCCCCUCCUUUCCCCAAACCAUGCUGGGGUUCCACAGCCACAGGAGCGAGCGGGACUAAAUGGGAGUUCACCAGGAGAGGAACAGCCUGAUAUUAUGGCUGCAUAUGUCCUGAACAGCUUGAUAAUGAUGAAUGCCAACAAUCUGAAAAGUCACAGCAGUCCUCGGCCGGGGCGGCCGGUGCUGCCCGUGCCGGACCGGGCCUUCUGCGGGCUCGUGGUGGGCAGCCCCGGGAGCCCGAGUCCAAGUUCCACCGGCACGCACUUCGUCUUCCCCAGCGUCCCGGGGCCCGGGAGCCCCCGGGCCCGCUCCCCCGGCCGGCACCCGGACUUCCUGGGCGUGAACGUGGGCAGGCGCGUCCGUCGGCUGAGCGGCAGCGACAGCGGCGGCGAGCCGUCCAGCCCGGGCCCCGGCGGGGAGCAGGGGCCGCGGGGCAUCAGACGCACGGUGGAGAUCCCCCAGGUGCACCGCGAGCUGCAGAACGUGCAGGUCAUCAAAACAGUGGGGCUCUUCGAGGCGCAGAUCUCAGACCUCCGGACCCGGGCGCAGAACUCGGAGAUCCCGCGCAGCCCCCGGGCCCCCCGCCGGCCCGGCGGAGCCGCCCAGGAGGCGGCGUGGCGCCCGCCCGUCUCCCCUCCCCCGCCGCCGGACAGCCUGCCCUCCAUCCCCGGGGAGCUCCAGAACGGGAAGGGUUGCUGCGGAUGGGAGGACCGGAAGGCGGCGGGAGGCCGCGGGAGGGAGAGGGGCGGCGCCGAGCCCAACGCGCGGCGGGACGGCCAGCGCGCGGACGCGUCCGCGGCGCCCCGGGGCGGCGCUGACCCCUCGUCCGGGAUCAGCUCCGCCGCUCCGCCUGGGGCCGUCACCGAGGGGGCGGAGCCGCCGGCCGGGGGGCGGCCCGCCCGGGAAGGGGCGGAGCCAGCGGACACCCAGCCGAACGCCGCGGUCCGGGGCACCGCCAAGGCAGGCUGCCACGAGGUGGGGAGCAUCCCCGCCGUCAUCGUCACCGACCACGGGAUGGAGGACACCGGGGAGGGGCUCGCCGAGCCCUGUCCCGGCUCAGCCAGGGCCCUGCGCAAGCUCUCCUCCUCCUCCGCCUCCUCCACUGGCUUCUCCUCCUCCUGGGAGGAAUCCGAGGACGACAUUUCCAGCGACCCCGACCACAAGUCCCCCGCCUUGCUGGAGACGCAGCAGAGAGCACACAAGUCAUGGAAGAAGAUAAAGAACAUGGUGCACUGGUCGCCCUUUGUGAUGUCAUUCAAGAAGAAGUACCCGUGGAUCCAGCUGGCAGGACAUGCAGGAAGCUUCAAGGCGGGGGCUAACGGGCGCAUCCUGAAGAAGCACUGCGAGUGCGAGCAGCGCUGCCUGGACUGGCUGAUGAGGGACGUGCUCCGGCCCUACGUGCCGGCCUACCACGGCGACGUGGAGAAGGACGGCGAGAAGUACAACCAGAUGGACGACCUGCUGGCCGAGUUCGACCUGCCCUGCGUCAUGGACUGCAAGAUGGGCGUCAGGACGUACCUGGAGGAGGAGCUGACGAAGGCGAGGAAGAAGCCGAGCCUGAGGAAGGACAUGUACCAGAAGAUGAUCGAGGUGGACCCCGAGGCGCCCACGGCGGAGGAGCACGCCCAGCAGGCCGUCACCAAACCCCGCUACAUGCAGUGGAGGGAGACCAUCAGCUCCACCGCCACCCUGGGCUUCCGCAUCGAGGGCAUCAAGAAAGAAGACGGGACGGUGAACAGGGACUUCAAGAAGACCAAGAGCAGGGAGCAAGUGACCGAGGCGUUCCAGGACUUUGUCAAGGGAAACGAGAACAUCCUGAAAUGUUAUCUCAGCAGACUAAAGGAGAUCAAGGACACUCUGGAAAAAUCUACCUUUUUCAAGACGCACGAGGUGAUUGGCAGCUCUCUCCUCUUUGUGCAUGACAAGCGAGAGCAGGCCAAGGUGUGGAUGAUUGACUUUGGGAAGACCACCCCUCUUCCCGAGGGGCAGGUCCUGUGCCACCGGGCCCCCUGGGUGGAGGGGAACCGGGAGGACGGCUACCUGUGGGGCCUGGACCACCUCAUAGACAUUCUGAAUGACAUGGUGCCGGUGGACGCCCACUAGCCCCUCCCACUAGCCCCUCCCCCCUAACCUGGCCGGGAGACUCACACUACAGGGACUCCUCUGAAUUCCACAGAAAGCUACUGUCUGUCCCUCGCUAAAAAAACAAAAAAAAAACAAAAAACAAAACAAACAAACUGCAUCCACAUGAGUGUGUGUGUAUGUGUGUGCGCGUGUGUUUCUGUAGAUGUUGUACAUAUUUGAAACAUUCUCAGAAAAAAAGGCAUUUGGUUAGGUUUAAGGGGCUCUCCCUCACAAAUGUAUAUUUCCACAGAUCUUAGGGCAACAUGUUUUAAUUUUAUGUUUAAAUAGUUUUUUUUAUCACUAUUUAAAACAGUGAAAGUACCUUCUCAUUGAUUUUCUAACAUUUGCCAUUUAUUUUUAUUCUUAGACCACUUUUAAAAUAUGUUUUUAAUACAUCAUGUCGGUUAACAACCCAAGUGGCCUGUUUAUGAAAUAAUGACUCAGAACGUUCAGAGAGCUGUGCGGGAAAUCCAUGAUUUUAUCUAGACGUUAAAAAUAACAUUUUGUGAUGUCAUUAUGGGUAUCCUCCCCUGUUUGGUUGUUAGGUAGCAUUCUAUCUAAUUUAAAAAGUAGAGGCAUUGUUUGCCCAGUGUUGUUAGUAAAGCAUGUACAUGAGUGGACUAAACAGAUAUGGGAAAUAAAUGACUGCACUGAAGCAAAGACUGAAUAUGCACUUGAAUUUACUUUGGAUGGAUUUUCUUUUCUUCUUAGUAAAAACACAACCCCCACAAAAGCCGUCCAAACAGGAAAUAUUUGUCUAUGAUCUGACAUUAGUUCCUACCGCUCUAUUAAAACAUUUAGAGUCGAGCAGAGUGAAAUCUGAAUUUCCCAUAGAAAAGGACGCCGUUGAUGUUUUGGGGUGGGAGGGCAGAAUGUUUGACACUCAGUUACAGAAAGGGGGCACUUCACCGGGCCAGAGUCUGAGCUCUUUAGACUUAAGUGCUGUGAAGCAGCAGGCCACCCAUAACUACAAGUCAGGAGAAGCUGUUAUUCUCCGAACUGCCGUUGCUAGUUCCCAUUGCCUGAAGGAAAGCCUUCCAUCCCUCAGUACUGCGGUGUCUUAAAAGUGCAGUGUAACUCAUUGUUUACUUUUGCACGCAAUUAACAUGCAUUUAUUUUCCCCUCACUCCACAGAGUUAGCUUUGGGAUUUUUCCAGCACCACGUCUGGUUUCGCUUGCUACGCCGCAGCCAUGGCUUGUCAGAAUCCACACACAAUGCUGUGUGCCACUUCAAAUCGCAGUCAAGCCCUGCAAUCGUGUAAAGGAUUUGCGGCUGAGAACAUUUGCAUUCUGUGACUAGAUGACUGUUUGGGAUGGGGAAAUCGGGGGAUGAUGUUUACAAAGCAAAUGCCCCGCUCGUAUGGCAAUUGCUUCCCGAGUGUUGAAACAGACUGACCCAAAUACAAAGCUGGUAAUAUUCAUAACAUUAUCAGUGUAUAUUCAUUCGGACCCCGCCUACAAGGUUUUCCCCAUUUAAUUUUACAUGGAAUCCAGAGAGAAUCACAUUCAAUACUACAUUUUAGGAACAAAUAUUGUGACUUCAUCCGUAUGAAAAUAUAUUUAUGCACAGUAAAUAGGGACAAGGUUUUGACACUUGAGUCUUAUCAAGUUAUCCCAUUUAGUAGUUUCAGUGUCAGUUGCACUGUGAAUUUUACUUAUUCGCAGGACAGUGGAAUAGGCAUAACCUUUACCGUGGCAGCUAACCUUUUACGGGGGGGGAACUGAGAGGAGUCAGCGUUUGAACGAGUAGCCGGCUAAAAGUCCAGAGAAAGUGCUCACUUCCCUCCCAAUGUGUGGUGUACGUCUCCCCAACACACUUCUCAAAAGAGGUCUGUACUGACAGAGAAGCGUGGUUGCGGGGCAGGCAGGGGGUGGAAGACUGAGUGCCCAUCUCAAAGACGCUUUGAUGACUAUAACCUCUCGCAAAAAGAGCCCCGAGGUAUCCAACAGUGAAGCUGGGGUACGGCGAGAUCUGCUGAGCGCACGUACACACGCUCUGAGAGCUGGUUUGCAUUGUUGGUGCCUGGUAUGUUGGUGUCAGUCAAAUUUAUUUUCUGUUCUCUGUUGUUAGUCAACAAAAGUCAUUCAAAUACUGGAACAUGCACACUGGAAAAAUAGCCUCAUUACUAAUUGUACAAUAGAGAUUGCAGUUUUGUCUAUUAACUGCGGGAGAUUGACUUUUUACGUUAAAUACUUAGUUGUACAACUGGAAAUGACAAUCAGAUCCUUGUAACUGAUAGUACUACCUAAUGAUAGUCUGCCCCCUGCAGGUAGUGCUGGGAAUCAAAUAAAUCAUCUGGAUCUAAUUAAUGAAUGUUCUUUCCUCCUCAUUAGUGAGCCUUUCUUUGCAAGCUUUAUGAUGUCUAACAUUUUCAAAAGAGAUAUUAUUUUUCUGCAAAGAAAUAUUUUCAUUUUCCAUAUCUAAAAGGAGAGAGUCAAAAACCUUCCAGGCCCUUGUCUUUCAUUAUGCGUAAAAUCUAUUUAGUAUUGUAAAAACACACACACGUACACACACACACACACACACACACACACACACAAACAAGUAAUUCUCUGCAGGCUCUUGACUGCCUAUAGUGCCCCUACUAGCUCCAUACAGAGUGAUCCAUCAGAUCACAGCUCGUAGUGACAAAACACCAGCUUGGGCAGCAUGGUGGUGCAGUGGUUAGCACUGGUGCUUUGCAAGAUGGAGGUUUUCGGGUUUGCAUCUUCUUUUUGUGUUUGCAUAGGUUUCCUCAGGGUGCCCCAGUUUCCUCCCACCACUGGAAGACAUGUACCCCAGGGACUACAUAUGAAAAUUUGCAUCCCUGGCUAACUCUGGUAAAUUUACAAAAAUGCUACAAAUGAGAAUCGUCCCUGUCAACUAAAAAUAGGCAUUUUGGUGUGGAGAGUUUGUUCUUUACUCUUUGUGAGUUCUUUGUGUGUGUGAGUACCUUGGAUUAAUCUUCAGUCUUAUAAGUGUCCCCCCUUUCACUGGAAAAAAAAAAACUGACCCACUGAGUAAAUUCACUGUUAAAAUUCAGGUAAUUGUGCUGGAUUAGCCACAAAACAGCAACGGUGGUUAAGCUCUCAACAAAUGUGCAUGUGGCCCUCUAGUGGCAGCUGUGGGAACACAAAAAGUGUGUUCUUCACUGGCCGAGCCUUAAGCGGAGAUGGAAGACUGAAUGUGGAAUCUUAGAGAAUUCAUUGUGCAAGAAUCACCUACAUUGUCUUAAACAUAACCAUAUUUAUUACUUUGUGAUGUUUGCACAAGAACACUAAAUGUAGCUGCAUGUUGUUUUUUUUUUUAAAUUGAAUUCUGUAAUUAUCCAAAAGGUGAUGGUUGUAUUCAGAUUAUUUUGAAAGUUAAUCACUUUCUGCAAUACAGGCACAGUUAACGGUUUUAUGAAAAUGUAAAUAUGUCUUGUAGUUGAGCAAGCAGUGUAGAGUUCUCUACGAAUAGUUUUUUUUUUUUUUUAACACCCUCACAGUGAUACUGUGGGCUAGAUUUAGUAUGGAUUGUUCAUAGACAGCUUUUCAUCUUCAGUGAAACAAAUGUGAUGCCUUUGUAAUAUUCUGAGAGACUAACCUUACCCAAGCCCUUCAGCUUCCUGUACUCAGAUGUUGUCAUUUAAUAGACCUUCUUUUCGUAAGCAUAUCACGUCAUGCCAAUCCUAGUGCGAGAUAUGCUUUCCUUUACGAUGUUACAGUAAAUCGUUAAAAUGUGAUCUUUUUCUGUUGCUUUUAUUUUUAAAACCCUAAUUUUCUAACUUAAGAGAUUUGACUAUAUUAGAUAAGUGCUUCCUCCCCACUGAAAGUAGUGUAAAGGCACAACAUUUACAGUGCCCUCCAUUAAAGUUGAUUCCACAGC